CGGUUCGAAUCCGGUGUGAGAGCUCAGCGGAACGUUUCUAAUGCACACGCCUAACGUAACGACAAGCGGUGCGAUGACGCUAAAAAGUGGGUUUUUGUUGGUGGUCAUGGCGGUUCUCGCGUCCUGGAAGCUCUGCGCCGCAGAUGCGGUGCGGGGCAGAUAUCGCCUUAGAAGUUUGGUGACGGGCCUGGAAGUCGAUCCCGCGGCCCAAAAGAGGCUCGGUUCGCUCACAUUCCGAAAUAAGGCCGACAUAAAUUCAACAAAAGUGUUAUCAAAACUACAGCAGAUGGCUCCUUCGGUGCAGUGUGGUGACAACCUGAUGACCCUUGCAGUCAAAAGGACAGGUGCUCCACCCUUUCUAGUGGACAGUGCAGGUCAGGCUCCUCUUGUUCCUCUGUCUCAGAUGCCCCACUAUUGUGGGUUUUCUAUGAAGAGGUCCCGCAGAGAUAUUCAGUAUUCCACGCCCUAUCGAGGCUGUUAUGUUAACAAACAAGAUGGUGAUUAUGUACUGCCGCUGCGUUUAAUGGGGGAGCCAAUGGCCAUGUCUUGUCCUACAACAUUACCAAUGCCAUACAUUUUCUGCUUUCCAUCAAGGAUGCUUGUCAGGAUGGCAGGUGUCUCAGCUAAUGAAUUCAAAGUAAAAAUGUCAGGCACAUGGCAGCCCCUGCUGUCGGCCCAUUCCUGUGGAUUGACUUUUCAAGAACUUAACGGGGAGUUGGUGAUCCUCGCUCCCUACAGAAAAGCCUCAUGUAUAGAAACUAAGGAUGAUGAAUAUAGGCUGUCUCUCCAGUGGGCAGACUUUGAACUCUUGGCAACAUGUCCUCCUGUAGAGCAGACAGAUAUUGACAAAGGAACUAAUGCUAUACCCAGAGACACUGAUGUCGUCAUGCAGCAACCUCCGUACACUUUUUUACCAAUGUAUUCCCAGUACGGACAACACCAGUCGAUGCACAAUCCACCUCGUUUGGUUCAACUACCCCAACCGCAGCUCCCUAUUCUUACUGCAGACUCUCCUGAAAGCCCAAAGGAGUCUUUGGCUCAGCAACCACCCUUUAAUUUUCUACAGUUGCCUCCAUUCUUCUAUUUCCCCCCACCUGAAUUACCAGCACAAGCACCUGGAAAAGAGAAUUCUGCUGCUCCACAGAUCCAGAUGCCUCCCAUGCUGCAGUCUCCCCCGAUCCAGAUGCCUCCCAUGCUGCAGUCUUCCCAGUAUAAGUUCCCCAUGUUCCCACAGUUUCCCAUGAUGCCGGAAAUUUCCCAACCGACGCCUUCUUCUGCUCCCACGACCACUAAGGCUUUGGUUACAACACCUCCACCUUCCACUGAGCCAAAAGGGAAGCAUGAAGUUCCUCGCCACCCACAGUUUCCAUUGCUGCCUCAGUAUCCUUUUCUACCAAUUUCUAAACCUUCAUCUCCAAAGUCGGACGCCACCAAUGACCCCAACAUCGCCCAGCCAGUCAAACCACAGCACCAGCUUCAUCCGUCGUUCUCAUUCCCUGUGUUGUAUCCUCCCCUUGAUCCUCAUUCUUCAAGACAACUCCAACAGACUCGGACUCCUGCCUCACCUGCAGAAGUCACAAAGGAGCCUCCUGCUCAAGAGUCAUUUUACCAGCCACACCCACUCAUGCCAUUAUAUUUAAUUCCUAAACAGGCUCCUGUACCUUUAUUUCUUAAUCCCUCUGAUAACCCAGCCCAGUCUCAGCCCUUUUACCCAGCCAUGCCUCAUAUGUAUUCUUUCCUCCCUGAACAGAGGCAGGUGCAGCUUGCAAGAAGCUGGUGAGGGUACCUGCUCGGUACCAUGUGACUCUAUAGAUCCCUUUCCUGCAGACUUAAAAUCAUUAGUGCAAUGGUGAGAUGAAUCAUAAAUGCACAAUCAUGCAAGGAAAUAAAGUUGAAUUUCAAUUAAA